GCUCUGCAACACGGUAAGGCACUGCCAGACCCGUAUUUUCAGACGCUAUCUCGCUUGGGCCAGGCUGCCUCCCGGAUCUCAUCUUUGAUCCUCUUUUAGAGAAAAUCUAGAGUCCGGGUUGACAGAUGGCCACUCAGCGAUGACUGAAAAUUUGCCAGCUUGUUUGUUGCGGUGGGCGGGACGCAAACUUCCGUUCUCCUGGACGCCGUGCCCACACGUUGACCACUCAGCCACCGCCUCCCCAGUAUUGGAGUCCAUUCAAACAUCAGAAGCGAGAAAAAAAGUUCGGUGAAAUAUUUUUAUAUCAUCAGUCAUUGACAAAAACAUUUUCAAAAGUCAGUUUCUAUUCCUCCAUACAUAGCAGCAUCCUAUGGAAAUUCAAUUUACCCUUCGAAUGUGCUAUAAGCUUCCAAUCCGUUAAAUAUGUAACGAAAUUUGUUUCUCUUGUUAAAAAUAGUAUACACAAAAUGUGUUGCAUUUAUUACAGUUCCUGCGCUCAGGUGGGACACUUUGUUGUUGUUCGGUGUUUAUGUAGGCCGACAGUUAUGACUAACUGCAGCAGCAAUUAUAAUAAACCAACCAAAAUGAACGGAAAACAAUAAAGAUUAAACGUGAGCUGCCUGUCAACCGAACCAAGUUUCAGACACCUGCCAGCUGUUCGAACGGGUGAUGCAGGCUUCGAUCCUCCGUAUGAUCAAUAAUGCCCCUCCUCAUUAUACUACUGCCAAUAUGGAAGGAUUGAGGCCACCGAAAAGAAUCACGCUGCUUUUAGUUGUCUGUCAUGAUGAAAAUCUAUUCAGUGGUAAAGCUUCUUUUUAACAGAACAUUUUAUAACUCUAGAGUUUCAGGUCACCCUGGAGACAGCCGCGAAUCGGCUUGCUAUAAGAAGCGAUACUAUAAAGGAUCGAAUCAACAUCUACUUGACUCCAAAACGAUUCCUGCGGAAAGUAUUCCCGAGUUCUUAUUACUUUGGAACCUCUAUUACAGCAGCAACACACGUGUCCCGCAGAGGAGGGACAGACUGUGGAGCUCCAAGCCAAUGGAUAUUGCACUCGCCCACAACGCUUAUUGGGAUGCCCACUCAUGUGUAAGGAAGGAAGAGUAUUUAAUGAAACAUGUUCCUCGAAGAUGCCAAAAACUAGAUCUUCCUCCCUUGUGUGUCUUGUAGGACCAGUGAGCAGCACUUUACCGUCAACGAAGUUGUCCAGUGGCCUCGAAGUAUUGUCCGUGUUCUUCCAUCACCACACGGAAGAGAAGCAGACCGAUGGGGAAGUGCCAGGGCCACCGCGGAUGAACUAUUGGAGAUUUGGAGUCGACCCCGUAUCCUCACACGAGCCAGAAAUCACGUUGUGGAACAGGUCACCAAGUAUCAUGCGGAAUGGAAGGGCUUGUUAAAGAGUCGGUCUCGGGCCUCAGCAGUCCCACAGCAACAAGCCUUUGUGGAAAGGGCAAAGGAGCUCUUUGAUAUUGUGCAUCGAGAUGCUCUGAGCAUGAUCAAGAUUGAAGAGGACAAGCUCUUCCUUCAGGCUCAGCGGGAGAAAGGGAGGUGGGGAAGAAUGGCAGGAGUAGAUUUGGCUCUUGCGCGGAAAGAAGAGCGACGGAUGAUGAAGGCUGUGGCCGAAGCAGAGCGACAGGCUCAAGCCUUCACAACCGUGGAACUGGAAUCGUCUUCGUCCUCAAGCAGUCAAGCCUCCGAAGCUGAAGGAUCUGGAUCUGAUCUUGACCCCAACGUAGACAUUCGUUCUCCAAAGCGACAACGAGGUGCCCGAGGCAUAGUCCAAGUCGUCACUCCAGAGGUUGCCGUUGCCUUGGACCGCACAAACGUCAGCAACAGGAAGGCUGCUCACAUCUUCUCAGCCAUGGCAUCCUCGAGCCACCUCGGCGAGAACAUUGGCGAACUCAUCAUCAGCCCUAGUGGAAUCAGACGCGCUCGUAUCAAGUGCAGGGAAGCUCUGGCUACGGAAUUUAAAGAUACCUUCAGACCACAAGUGCCCUUGAUCCUACACUGGGACGGGAAAAUCAUGGAGGACUGCUCUCUUCCUGGCCAAGAGACUGUAGAUCGUCUCCCUGUGUUGGUUUCUGGCCAAGUUGUUGUCAAGCUUCUUGCCGUGCCCAAGUUGCACGCUGGUACAGCGGUUGUGAUGGUUAUGUCGAUCUUGCAGACUCUGGAUAAAUGGGGGGGACUGAAGGAUCGAAUAAGUGGGCUCUGCUUUGACACUACAGCAUCAAAUACCGGUUUGAAAGGCGGAGUCUGUUUCCUUAUCGAGCGGGAACUGGAGCGAGACCUCCUCAACCCCACCUGAAAGCACCAUGUUGCCGAGAUCAUCCUGGAGAAAGUCUUUGGCCUUCAUGACACGUCCAAGUCUCCGAACAUUGAGCUCUUCCAUCAUUUCAAGGAAUAUUGGCCUCGUGUCGAUCAAACAUCGUUCCGUACUGCCAUGGACGAAGAGGAAAUGAGAUCCCGGGUCGCAGAAUGGAGGAAGGAAGUAGUCAUGUUUGCUACUGACCAACUUCACCAGCAUCAACCAAGAGGUGACUACCGGGAAUUGUUGGAACUCACCAUCAUCUUUCUUGGUGGACAGCCUCCAAAGGGAGUUCGCUUCCGUUACCCUGGCACAAUCCAUCGUGCACGUUGGAUGAGUCGUGCCAUCUACACCUUGAAGAUGGUCAUCUUUCAAGAGCAGUAUCCGAUGGAUCAACGUCUGGGUCCAUCUCGACGCCAGACACGGAGUGAGACCACCUGGAAUCAUUUGGAAGUCGCCAUUUUCAUCGUUCAGGUGUACAUGAAGUACUGGUUCCAGGCUCCUUCCAUGUCAGCCCCUAGGAACGACCUCCAUUUGCUCAAAGUGCUGGAGGAUUUCCCAAGCAAGGAGAUAUCCACAGCAGCCACAACUGUCUUCAGUGGGCAUCUGCGGUAUUUGUCGGAGACACUAGUGGGAUUUGCCUUUUUCGACGAUCAAGUGACACUCGAAGUGAAGAGGAAGAUGGUAAAAAACCUGAAAGACAAGCCGGGAUCCAAGGACGCUCCAAAGCAGAUUCAUCCAGUCAGCAGACCUCAGAACAUGGACCUCAGCGGCUUCGUGACAACUUCCACGAAGAGGUUUUUCAACAUUCUCCACGUCAACGAAGAUUUUCUUCAGAAGGACCCUCUUGAGUGGGCUGCUGAUGAAAAAUAUCAACACUCUCUCGACCUGGUGAAGUCCGUUAGGGUCAUCAACGAUCUGGCCGAGCGUGGGGUGGUCUUGAUGACGGAGUUCAAUGCCUCGCUCACCAAGUCAGAGGAACAAAAGCAAUUCCUCCUCCAAGUGGUCGAGGCUCACCGCAAAAAAUACAGUGCCCCGACCAAAGCAGCAGCCUUGAACAACUGAAGAAUUCUUCCCUCACUACCUACAGUGCUUACACUUAUUUAUUGAACCUCGUUUUGAUGAAUUCAGUUCUUAGAGACUCAAAUAUAUUCAGUUUCCAUAACUUUGCAAGGAGAGAAGCGAAAAAUUCAAGAGAAUACCGAGCAUUAAAAUUUCAGAAGCAGUGCCUGGUACUAGAACUAUGGGGGACCAACACAACUCACAGCCAACCCUGUCAGUGCCAGUAGUGGCAGGGAAGUCACCCAAGACAAAAUGUGUCUAAUACAGAGUCUAAUUUAGCGUAGAACAUUCCCUUCUCUUCAGUUUUACACAUCUCGGCAGAAGUGUACACUGCAACAAGAGACAAGAAACCCAGUGUGUGCUACAGCUUCUCUUGCAUAAUAAGCUCAUCAACCAGAGUAAACUCUGCCACAAACGGCUGCAGUUGGCUGGAGAUGCCUAUAGCUACCCCCUUAAGAUGGGCAUCAUUGCUUAUGCCAGACUAGUAGUAGGUGUACCCCCUACUACUGAUCUCACCACUGCCAGGCCUCCUCGUCUCGGAAUCCCACUAUAUCCACCCUCAGCCUUCCGAGCUCAUUCAAUAGGCAAGGCAGUUGGUGGUUCUCCAAUAGGCUCAGGACUUUCCAGAAGCCCACGUGCAGACCCCUCUUUAGGUUAAUCCUAAGCCUGUUUCUGUGGGUGGGGACAGCUGCACCUCCCCAGUCACCCCAAAAAUAAAGAGGGGUUAGGGGACCCUUCCUCCUUCAAAAUGCAGGAGUCCUGUGGGACCCAUAGGCUUUACCCUGCACCCAUUACUUUCAAUCAGUUCCACAGUGCAGGACAGUCAAUAAGCCAACAACCAAGAAUGCCUAAAAAUGCAAUGAAUCAAACACUCUUUGAGAUCAAAAUAAGUUUCAAGCAUCCCCUGCUUAAACUUGUGUUGGCAAUACACCAAGAACACUAAAUAAGGAUGACAAGCUCCCUUUUCCAGUCAGGGGGAAUGGUAUCAGAUUGCCAUACAGCAGCAAGACUACAUGCAACCCACAGAUCAUGACCACACCUCCAACUUUGACCAGCAGCUUUUCCAUUCUUAAACCUUACCACAGCCCCUCUGAUCUCAUCAGGAGAGGGUGUGAUUUUUAUUCUAUAUGCAUUAAUAAUCCAAAUAAAUUGACAUUCAUCAUAGAGCUCAUAAAAAAGUCAAGAUUACCAAUGA